ACUUUUUUUCUGGCCAAAAUGCUGGUGCGAGGCCGUGAGUUUUCGGAGUUUUAAUCAUUUUACACUUAUUUAAUAUACCCUAUUUAUGUGUUAAUUUAUUACUGGCAUCCCAGAGCUUAGAUAUUGUAUAUUGGCGUGGUGUGAAGAUGCAUUCAAUCCAGAUAAUCGGCAAUCAAGGUGAAACGCAGAGCGUCGAUUGAACAAACGAACAUUUAUCGCGUCACAUCAUCAGUGGAAAAAACGACGCUCAGCAUCGUACAAAUUGCAUGAUAUUGCGCAAAAAGUGUGUGCCCAGUGACUGGUGGCGGGCGCGAGAGGAGUUUCCGCGUGUGUGAAGUUGCUGGGUGGGUGGAAAAGUGGAAGCGAGGAGGAAAGAAGAGCGUUUGACACUUGAAGCGCUUGGCAUCUCGGUUUCCCUCCAAAUCGCCUCGAGGCUUCGUUGCUGCUUCGCAUUGAGCUUUUUUGUGUGUUGCGGCGGUGGAGAAAAGAAAGACGCCGCGCGAAGCGAGAUGCCUUUGAUGAAGAGAAAGGCUUUUGUGCCCGUGCCGCCGCCAGAUGAUCUACAGGACGACGAGGAGGUGUUCUACUGCUCCGUCACCAAGGAGGUCUUCCGGAGGCACGAGGACUACUUCGAGCGGGUGAUGCUGAUAAACUCCAUGCUCUGGACAUGCGCGCUCACGGGAAAGUCCAAUCUGACGUACGCCGAGGCGCUGGAGAGCGAGCAGAAUGCCCGGGAGACGCUAAACAACUUCUCCAAGGCGCUCAAGACCGCCGUGGUGAUCGUCACGACGUACACACAGCGCAGCUCCAUGCUGGAUCUCACGGAGCAGGUGUACGGCUACAUGAAGGAUCGCUACUUCAAGCACGAGGAGGUGAUCUACUGUCCCAAGGAUGAGCCCGAGAUCACGGGAAAGGUGGUGGCCAUCGUGAAGGACAGCGAGGAGUGCUCGGAGAUUGUGUACAAAGUCCACCUCAUGUGGAACAAGGAGACAAUCUGUGUGCGCGGUCAGGAGUUGCGGAGGCGCAAGACGAUGCUGACGCGCGACAAGCUGAAGUUCUUCAUCAGGGACAACACGCAAAUGCAUCGCGGCGCGCUGGUGAUCAAGGACUCCGUCCUGAAGAAGUACACAAACAAUUCCACAGUGAAAUUUGAGCACAUUCACAUUGGCAAGCCGCCCGUCUUUGAAACCUUCAUCCGGAUGAUCUGGACGGAGAAGCAGCCGAAGAAGCAGUCGCAGAUCUCCAAGUUCUUCACCAAGGAUGGCGGCGACAAGAGGAGCGCCGCGAAGCUGGAAGCCUCCAAUCGUGAGAUUGACGAGAUUAAUCGCCAGGCGGCGGAGAAACUGGCGCAAAUGCAGGCGGAGGAGCAGAAGAAGCUGGCCGAGGAGCGCGAGCGUCAGAAGCAGGAGUUGCAAUCAAUGGUGCAGAACACCGUGAGAGCGAUAAACUCCGUGAAUGAGGAUCUGCUGCUGCAGGAUCAGAGGAUUCUGCCCACGCCCAAGUCAAUGGAGCUCCUCGUGCCGAAGCGCUUCUACGGCAACUUCCUGAUGGUGCUGGAGUUCAUUCACUCCUUCUCCGAGGUGCUGCAGAUCAGAGACAAGUUCCCCAAGGGAGUCACCAUUCCCAUUCUCCAGCGGGCUUUUCUCGUGCGCGAUGUCGCGGGGCCGCUGAGUGACAUCGUUCAGGUGCUUCUCGCCACGAUUCUCUCUCUCCAAGUGGAGGAGAAGAGCGAAGUUCUGAUUCGAUACAAGACAAUUUCAAAGAGUCGCUUGGCCGAUGCUGACAAUCCCAUUGAAUUUGCGACGCUUCACGCCACGAAAGCCAUGACAUAUCCGAAGAAGUAUUACAGCAUGGAUGUGACGGAUCUACCGAUGGACGCGACGACGGUGAGUGAGAUCCUGCGGCUGCAUCUGCUGAGCUCGGGAGCUCUGCUGGAGGACGAUCAGGCGGUGAAGUGGAGAUUUCAAACCCGCGGCGGUUAUCGCAACACUGACGAUCCGGGACUGCUUUUGCGGGUUCGUCACGCUCACAUCAUUCGCGCUCUGUCUAAUCGGACACUGUAUGAGCUGCCGCUCGGGGACAUCUUCAAGAUACUCGACUGUCUCAUCGGUCAGAUAAUGACGUAUUCUUCGGUGCGUGACAUCAUUGAUGAGCGCAUUGAGAAGGCCACGAGUGCGCGGGCGACCAUGAAGUCCCUGACGCAGGCUGAGCGGCGGCGCGUGGUGAGGUGUGAGACGGAGAAGAAGGAUCUGCGCGAGGAGGCGCAGCGGAAGAAGGAGGCUCUUGAGGUGGCCGACAGUGAGGCGCAGCAGAAGGUGAUCGAUGAGGAGCUGCAGAGGAAGCUGGAGAAGAUCGAUGCCGAGGCCAUGAAGGCCAACAAGCAGUUUAUGCAGAAGUUGGAGCAGAACAAAUCCCAGUGUUUCGACUAUCAAGUCUAUUUGGGCUCUGAUCGGGCGUAUCGAAAGUAUUGGCUGUUCAAUUCCCUUCCGGGACUCUUUGUUGAGCACAGCGAGGAGGAUUUGGGUCCGUGCUUCGAUGAGGUGGUGAAGAACAUUCCAGAACUGGUGAAUUGUCCGUCGGAUCGGCGAUACAAGGUGAUUAAGCAGCUGGUGAUGUCGCAGAUGAAGAUGAGCGAGAAGGAGAACAAUCGCGUGAACGGGAGCAAAGUUCAGUCGCCAAUUGCUGGCUUCAGUCUCGUGUCGGAGGACAGUGGGGCGCCGGAGGUGUCGCAGCGGGAUCUGUGGAUGUGCACGUCAGUGGCGGAAUCGUGUCCGGUGCACAAUCGUCAGUUCGCUGGCAAAGUUCAGUGGAGUUACUUUCACACCGCCGACGAGAUUGACGCUCUCACGGCGGCGCUCAACACGCGCGGCUUCCGGGAGAAGUCACUGCGUGAGCAGCUGGAGUUGGAGCGUGAAUUGAUCGUGGCUCACGUGAUCACGUGUCCGCAUGCGAUGCUGCAAGUGAAUCCGGAGUCGAAGCAGAAGAUUCUGGCGCAGUACAUGAUGGAUCAGAAGAAGUACGAGGCGGCGAAUUUCCAGAAGGACGACAAAGACAUCAAUGUCAUUAUGAGCUCAGUUUUGUGUGAUUACAUCCUGGAUUUGGAGUGGAAGAUCUCACAGGGAUAUUUGGGCGCCAACAAGGAUCCAAACAGGCAAUUGUGGAGAGAUGCAGUGGCGAGAUUUGACUACAAGUUCAUGAAGAAUGGCAUCAAUCUUGCUGUGCCGAAGAAAGCCACAAAAGCGAAGGACGAGAGAAGAGAUCGCGACAAGGAUGACACAGAUGAUGACGAUGACAGUGAUUAUGAGGAUCCUGGGUCGGGAUUGCCGGAUUCGCUGGAGGUGGAGUCUGAGGACAGUGCGGACGAGGGAAUUCCGCUGUAUGAUUUCCAGGAGGAGAAGAAGAAGGUGCACUUCCUGGCCACGGCGCUGCUGCAGGUGAAGCGGACAAUUGAUCCCAAGUAUCUCAAGUGGCCGUUUGGUGUGGCCAAGGAGAAUCCCAAGCUGGUGAAUUCCAAGCUGCCGAAGACGGUGCGCAAUCAGCAGCGCUGGGAGACGGCUCUGACGCGCGCCGUCAACUAUUCGCAGGUCUUUCUGCACUACAAUGUGCUGUACGAUUCCAUUCUGUGGACGCAAUCUGCGUCGCACGCCGCCUGUCAAAUCUGCCGGCGCAAGAGUGAGCCCAUGAAGAUGCUGCUGUGCGAUGAGUGCAACAGUGGAUAUCACAUGUUUUGCCUCAAGCCGCCACUCACGAAGAUUCCGGCCGGCGAUUGGUUCUGUCAGAAGUGUCGGAAGCCCGAGGCGCCGCGGAGUGCGCGAAAGAGGAAGAUCUUCACGGAGGAUGAGAGCACGGAGGAGGAGGACAAUACUCAGGAGGAGGAGAGUGAGGAUGAGGAGAGUGGCGACAGUGAGGAGCAAGAAGAGUCUUCGGAUGUCGAUCGGAACAAGAGGAAGAAAACAAGAUCGCGAUUCUGGAAUUUCAGCGAUACGAGUGAGGAUGAGUGCGAAGCGUGUCACAAGUCGGGGAAGUUGAUCAAGUGCUCCUCCUGUCCGAGCAGUCGGCAUUCCGGCUGUGUCAGCAAGAGGAAUUGGGUGACGCCCGGCAGGAAAUGGGAGUGUACAAAUUGUCGGAAAAGUGAUGAUCAGAGGCAGCAGAAGUCUGUGAGAGUGUCCAGGAGACAAAUGGCGAUCAAUGGCAGAAGCGAUCAGAAGAGGAAGUCGACAAUUCGGCUGCGGAGUGUUCAGGAGGAGCCAGACUCGGUGUCGCAGGACGAUGAGGAUGAGGAGCCGCCGGCGAAGAAGAGGAAGCAAGCAGUCACGCCGCGGCGCUCGCUCAGGACGUACAAUGAGAUGAAGAGGCAGGAAAGUGCGACGGAGCGGAGCGCAAAGAAGCGACGAUCCGACGAGAAUCUCCCACUGGACAGCGUGACUCUCUAUCAUCUGCUGGACGGGAUUGCCAAGCAUGCGGACUCUUGGCCAUUCAAUCGUCCUGUGGCCAAAGUCGAAGUGCCUGAUUACUAUGAGAUCAUCAAGAAUCCCAUGGAUUUCGCCAAGAUCAAGUCCAAACUCAAUUGUGGCGAUUAUGUGACGAAUGAGAUGCUGAUCAGGGACAUUGAGCAGGUAUUCCAGAACUGUGAUGCCUACAAUAACAGCGACUCGAAGAUUUAUCAAGCUGGAAUCAGGCUAGAGCGAUACGUCAUGCGGCGAUGCAAGGAGUUGAAUUUACCAUUUAAGCACAGCGACAUGAUAUCCGACGAGGAGAGCGAGAUCGUGGCGGAGAAGAGCAGACUCAGUCGUGGGCGGAAGUAGUUUUGCCAGCAGAGAUUCUAUAGAGAAAAUGUCACUUAACCUACCGU